AUGUCACAGGUUAAAUUAAAUUUGAUAGCUGCUGCCUGUGAAAACAUGGGUAUUGGUGCGAAUGGAUCACUUCCUUGGAGACUGAAAAAAGAAAUGGCAUAUUUCACUACAAUGACAACAAAAGUGAAAGAUAGUUCUAAAGUCAAUGCAGUCAUUAUGGGAAGACGAACUUGGGAUUGCAUACCUAAGAAGUAUAGACCGCUUUCUGAUAGGAUUAAUGUUGUUUUGACCCAUCAGGUUGAUACUUUGAAAGAAAAGGUGCCAGAAGGGGUAAUUGUUGUUCCAAGUCUUGAUGAAGCAAUUAAAUAUAUAAAAAGUAGAGAUGAUAUUGAGAUGACUUGGGUCAUUGGUGGUUCAUCUAUUUACAAGGCGGCAAUGGAACAUCCGAACUGUGGGAAAAUCUAUCUAACAGAGAUUCAAAAAUCAUUUGACUGCGACACAUUUUUCCCAAACAUUGACAAGCAACAAUUCCAUUUAGUCGAUGAGGAAGAAGUGCCCGGUGAAAGGCAAAUGGAAGGCGAUAUAAGCUACUAUUUCAGAGUUUACAAACGAUUG